CAUAAGAGAAAGAUUCCGAUUAUAUUUGCAAGUCCUUCUAGGCCCGUUUCAUUCCUACCAUCUGCAAUUCGCAUCGCAACGACCCGAACAACAAUUUAUUUUCGGAUAGACAGAUUGGGAUUCACAAGACAAAGAUUCAAAAGUGAAAAGAGGGACAAGAGUUGAGCAUUGAUGCUGCAAACAUCACGAGACCGGGGUAUUGAAAGGGACAUUUUGAGAAUAAUUGUUUCGUGAAUUGGAAAAGGGGCAAUUUGCUUACCUGCUUCUUCCAUUUCUAUCAUCCUGGUUUUUUGCUGGGAUAUAGAAUAUGACGCCUGCUCCAAUCGCCUUGAACGGGCACAGUAAUCGAGAUGUACAUGAAAUGGCCGAAUUCACAUCUGGUUCUGAUGGAGUACAUACCAGCGUACAUUCACCUGCAAUCACAACCGCAAGCGGGAGAAGGAGAUCGAUCUCGUACAAAGAUCUAGAAACGAGCAAGCGAGAAACAAGUAAUGAUGAAUCGGAUCUCGAUGAGGAAUAUGCAGAUGAAACAUUUCAAAUGCGGACUACUGAUGGUAAUACACCUGGAAGCUCGAGAAAGGUUUCAAAGGAUGGCAAAGAAGAAUUCGAGCUAACCGAUGAGGAUGACGAAGAUGAUGAAGAGCUUGGGGCUGACGCUCCUCUAGUUGGCGAAACACGAAGACAAAGACGUGAACGGAGACAAAGAAGAGCAAGUGAUGAAGAAGAAGGAGAGAAGAGCAGUUUGGAUGAUCCAAUGUCACUCAUCAGACGUGCUGUACCUGAAACGGAUGACCCUUCACUUCCAACUUUAACGUUUCGAGUCGUUUUGAUCGGAAGCUUCUUUUGCAUAUUAGGAGCAGGAAUCAGUCAAUUGUUCUUUUACAAAUCCAAUUCGCCCUCGUUUUCAUCUUACUUUGUCAUUCUGACAUCUUUACCAAUCGGGAAAUGGAUGGCAUCGGCGUUGCCGAAGAAGCGGGUACAUAUCUGGAGGUGGUCAUUUGAUCUCAAUCCGGGUCCGUUCAGCAUCAAAGAGCAUCUUCUAAUUGCAAUUUUAUCGUCUUCAGGUGCUACAAGUGCCUAUGCUUCCGAUAUUAUCAACAUUCAAGAAUUGUACUUUAAUCAGCACAUGGGCAUCAUUUCAGGAUUGACACUUUUGCUAACAACACAAAUCUUAGGAUUCGGUUUUGCGGGAUUGAUGCACAAUUUACUCGUCAAGCCAGUUGCGAUGAUCUUUCCGGGUUGUUUGGUCACGACGACAAUGUUUCACACUUUGCACGCUCAAAGGACCGUAGAGACAAAAGCAAGAUUGCAAUUCUUUGCAAUGGCAUUCAUCGCAAUCUUUCUUUAUCAAUUUUUGCCGGCUUUGUUCAUGCCUACGUUAUCGUCAAUGGCAAUACUGUGCUUCUUCAACAAUCAGAACAAGGCCUUUCGGGUUUUGUCUUCGGGAUACAAAGGAUUCGGACUGCCUAAUAUUUCAUUCGACUGGAAUGUGAUUGCAACAAGUGGACCUCUUUAUCGUCCUUGGUGGGCUGCGCUGAACUUUUACGCCGGCUUGGCAGGUGCAAUGUACGUGAUUAUGCCGAUCCUCUACUUUUCCAACUUUUGGGACGCAAAGAGUUUCUCUUCGCCCAUCGAUGCAGGUCUCUAUGACCCACAUACACAUCAAAAGUUCGAAGUGGCAGCUUUGCUCAAACCUGAUCAUACCUUGGAUUGGAACAAAUAUUUGGAAAGAAAGCCUGUGUUACUAACGCCUUGGUUUGCGAUCAAUUAUGGGAUCGCGUUUGCAACAUUGACCAGUAUGAUUGUUUAUGUUUCUCUCUGGCACCACAAAGAUGUGAUCAAAGCAAUGACAGCACCUUUUCACGAUGAUAUUCAUAAUAAUUUAAUGCGUGCUUAUGCGCCCGUUCCACGGUCUUGGUACUUUUGGACGUUGGGAAUCUCUUUGACAGCUUCGAUCGUGUUGGUUUGGACAACACCACUUCAAAUACCGGUUUGGGGACUGUUGAUCGCUGUUUUAUUAUCGUUGAUAUUCUUGAUUCCUGUAGGCAUCACAAAAGCAGUAUCUGAUACCACGAUCGGAUUGAAUGUGAUUACCGAAUUCGUCGCUGGAGUCUUGAUGCCAGGCAAGCCGAUCGCAAAUGUUUGUUUCAAAUGCUACGGAUAUAUGGCCAUGUCACAAGCUUUGGAUCUCACGACAGAUAUGAAGAUUGCCCAUUAUAUGAAAAUUCCUCCUAAAGAUAUGUUUAUAUCUCAGUUGAUGGGGACUAUGAUCGGAUGCUGCGUCAACUUAUUUGUGGUUCGAUUGAUUCUGAAUCCUGCUGCAGGUUACAGAGGUUUCUUGGACGGCUCACAGGUUGAUCCUACGGCGCAAUGGGAUGGAAGAAAAGUUCGAAUUUUCUAUUCAGCUUCGAUUAUUUGGGGAGCGAUUGGACCGAUUGAAUUUUUCAGUGGGAAGUAUAGGAGCUUGUUUUGGUUUUUCUUAUGGGGAGCUAUUUUGCCAUUCAUCCCUUGGCUUUUGAAUAAACGUUAUCCACGUAGAUAUUGGAAAUUGAUCCAUUUCCCUGUCCUUUUGCAUGGUGCCGGUUAUCCACCUCAAGUUCCAACGAAUAUCAUCAUUUCCGGAUUUACGGUUUCAUGGUUAUCACAAUGGUGGGCAAGAAGAAAGCAUCCAAAAUGGUUUGCCAGAAGAAAUUACGUUUUAGCAUCUGCGUUGGAUGCUGGAACUUCGGUGAAUGCAUUAUGUAUCUUUUUAUUAUCACUCACAGUUCUCAAAGUCUUUCCUGUUGCGCAUUGGUUUAUGAACCCGGCCACAGAUUCGGAACAUUGUACUCCUCCUGGUGAACAAUUGGCGCCUUCAUAAAAAGAACAAGCAUUCACAAAUUGUAUCCUUACAUUCAUAUUGUACAACUACAUCAUUGUCGAAGCGAACAAUACAUCUAGAUGAUCAAU